GCGGGCGCCGCGGCGCCGCGCGGGCCAUGGCGGACUACGAGGCGGUGCAGCGCGGGCCGCUGCGGCUCAAGGGCAGCGGCGCCGCCCUGAGCGCCGGCAAGCGGAAGAAGAAGAAGGCGAAGGAGAAGGGGCAGAUCCUGGAGCAGAUCGUGAGCAGCAAGAAGCAGGAGGAGGAGAAGAAGCGCGGCCUGGACAAGCGCACCCCGGCGCAGGUGGCCUACGAGAAGAUGCAGGAGAAGCGGCAAAUGGAGAGGAUCCUGAAGAAAGCCUCCAAGACCCAUAAACAGAGGGUGGAGGACUUUAACAGACACUUGGAUACUCUGACUGAGCAUUACGACAUUCCUAAAGUCAGCUGGACUAAGUGAACGGGCUGCGUUCUUACAAGGCUUUGGAUUGGGAGUUGUGUUCGUAUUGAACAGGGAUUGCUAUGUAAAUCUGUGUAUUCCCGGUAUCAAACGUUUAAUAUAUUUUCUUGAACAUUUA